AUUAGCAAGCAAAGCAACGGCGACCUCCUACUCCUAGAUAGCUAGGAAUGGCAGACGAGGUAGUAGAGGUAGAAAUGGCGGAGUCCCGCAGCAGCAACCGGGGGGCAAAGGCGAAGGCGAAGGCGAUGGCGAUGGAGGAGGAGCCGUGGGUGAAGCUUAUCCGGGAGUCCCUUACCGUGGAGGAGGAGGAGGACGUGGACACCCGCGUGUCCGUGUUCGACGUGCCCAAGCAGCUGCAGGUGCACAAGCCCGAGGCCUACUGCCCCCAGUUCAUCGGCCUGGGCCCCUACCACCACCGGCACCCCGAGCUGUACGGCAUGGAGCGCUACAAGAUCGACGCCGCCCGCCGCGCGCUCAAGCGCCUCCUCUGCGCAGCAGCUGGGCCCAGCCACGACGUCCUCGACGAGCUCGUCAACGAGCUCAUGGGCCACGACCUCAAGGUCCGCGCCCACUACCACCGGUACCUCGAGCUGAGUAGGGAGGCGCUCUCGCUGAUGAUGAUCAUGGACGGCGCCUUCCUGCUCGAGUUCCUCACGAUCCACCACCACACCGCUGCUGAGGGGGAGAGGGAGGGGGAGGGGGCCUCUUCGAGUUGGACCAAGAGGAUGGAGCACCUCGUCGACUUGGGCGGGAGCGGGACCGGGAGGAAGUCCGCGCACGGCCUCAUUCUCCGCGACAUGCUCAUGCUCGAGAACCAGAUCCCGCUCUUCGUCCUCGCCAUGAUCAAGGCCAAGUGCUCGUCGGUGUCGGUCGACGAGGCGAGCAGGCGGCUCACUCUCAUGGUGACAGAGCUCAUGAGGGAGCUCUGUCCGUUUAAGAUGGAGGGCCACUUCCCGGAGACCUCAUGCGAUGUCACCAAGCACGCGCACCUGCUCGAGCUGCUCUACCACCUGGUGGUGCCGGUGGUGCCCACGCCCACCGACACUACCGAGAACGCACACACCACCCCACCGUUUUCCGGCCACAUCGUGGAGAUGCCGGAACCGGAAGGCGGCGGCCAAGGCCAGGAGAAGCCUUCCGCCUGCACCGGCAACGAGCACGCGAUGAUGCAAUUGUUCGAGUUCAUCGCGUUGAAGCUCAAGGGCGGUCGCCUUGGCAAGGUGAUGAAGCCGAUCGAGCUUGUGGUGAAGGCGCCGUGGAACAAGCUUGCCGGUAUACCUGGUGUCGAGUCCUUCAUGUCUGCCGACGCCAGCCAGCAAGAGAUCACGAUCCCAUCGGUGUCGGAGCUGGUUAGCUCCGGCGUCAAGUUUAAGCCCACCAGCGGCGACCUGUCCACUGCGUCAACUAUCGCCUUCGACCGCAAGACAGCGACGCUCCGCCUCCCCGUGGUGACCCUCGACGGCAACACGGAGGUGGUGCUCCGGAACCUGGUCGCCUACGAGUCAUCCGCCGCGUCAGGCCCACUGGUGCUCACCCGGUACACGGAGCUCAUGAACGGCAUCAUCGACACCGACGACGACGUUGCGCUGCUCCGCAAGCGGGGCGUGGUGCUCAACCACAUGAAGAAGAGGGACGGCGAGGCGGCCAAGCUGUGGAACGGCAUGAGCCGGUCGGUGCAGCACUCCAGGGUGCCGGCCUUGGACAAGGUGAUCGAGGAGGUGAACCGCUACUACGACGGUCGGUGGAGCGUCAAGACGAAGCGGUUCAUGCGCAAGUACGUGCUCAGCUCAUGGAAGAUGCUCACCUUCCUCGCCACCAUCAGCAUGCUGCUGCUCACCACGGUGCAGGCCUUCUGCUCCGUCUACACAUGCUCCCGAUGGUGGUUUGGCGACCUGGUCGCCGUCGUGCCGUCGGACUCGGAGUAGAUCUAUACACGUGUGUGUUUCUUGAUCACGUGAAGUGUGCGACAUGAUGCUCAAGCUUUUGGUUUGUAUGCAUCUAUAGUUUUUGGUUCUGCGAUUGGUAGCGAGACCACGGGCCACCUCUCCCUCCAUCCGCCACUUCAGCGAGAGGAGGGGACGGGAACCCUAAUGCUUCCCACCGGUAGGAAUAGGUUUAGGGUUUGGUCUCUGGUCGUUGAAGACGAUACAAUGACGUCGCCGUCGACAUGGAAUAAGUCCUCCCCACCUCAUCCUCGUUCUGGAGGUGCUUCAUGUUGUUGCCGGGAGGUGUGUGGAGGUUGAUGUGUCCCCAGAUCUGGUUGCCAGUGUC